CGGACACUGAAUGCAAGGAUCCGGACACUUGUUGACGUUGUGGCUAUGUCUACCAGCUGAUUGUCAGAGGAAUAUACUUAUUAUCCCUCCCCAGCUAGACGGCCUCAAAGAUGUUCAUGAAUUUGAAGAGCAAGAUCGGUGAUGCCACGGACUUGAAGAAGCUGGCAUCACCCCAAGCCCUGGCAUCGGUGGGCGGCUCGCGUCAACGCUCAUCACAACACACUCCUGGCACCCUCACCCCGAGAUCCCGGCACUCACGCCAGGCCUCGACGGCGUCGCUGCAGACCCUUGGCUCCACCAUAGGUUCACCGCCGCUGUCACCAACACAACAUGAAGGAACGACGGACGGACACGAUCGGUUGCAGGUUGAAGAGCUGGAGCGUGAGAUUGGUAAGUUACGAACAGCACUGGAGAGCCAGCAAGACGCAGCACUACAACGACUCAAUGCUCGUGAGCACGACUGGAAGACCAGACUACAGGACGAGCAGGACAAGGUGAGUUUACCUGGAGAGAGUUCCAGGGGUCAAUGCCCCUGUGGCCCAAUCUGUGACCAGGCCUCAUGGUGGAUCAGGGCCUGAUCAACCAGGCUGUUACUGCUGGCUGCAUGCAAUCCAACGUAUGAGCCACAACCUGGCUGGUCAGGUACUGACUUCAGGUGCUUGUCCAGUGCCUGCUUGAAGACAGCCAGGGGUCUAUUGGUAAUCCCCCUUAUGUAUGCU